AGAUUUUGUGUUUCACGCUUUUGGAAUGACCUGUGGUAUUCCUCGCGAUAAUUAGAAGGUCAUCCUUGGCAAAACGUUUUACAGCUAGAAUUAUUCGUCCAAUUUGCGUCGUAAAUUUUAUGUCAUAUUGUAAUGCGCUUUUGCAAUUCUUUGACCAAAUCGGCGCGGAAAAAAAGACCUUUGUUUCUUGUUUGGCGAGUUAAAAACUUCAUUAUCUAGGCAGUUGUGGAACAAUCUUCGCUGCAUCUGAUCAGGAUUUCACAGCAAGUCACGCAGUGAAAAUUUUCGGAGCUUACAUGUAAUAGUAACAAAGAAAAAUAAUAUUUGAGCUGUCGCUGUGCGAGUUGUCGUGUAGCCUCUGGUCAGUCAGUUUUGAGGUGCGAGCAGGUUUCUUCGAAGACGUACCCUCGCGUAUUAUUUAAAUUGGUACAACACGGUACAAUAUUCGGAUCUAAUUUCAAGAAAAUUUGAUUGAAAUUUCCGCAGUAUUUCCUCCAUUUACAACGAUGGAUACGAAUGAAUCGGCCGGAUCAACCGGCGAAAAUAAGGAUGGAGGUGGUCAUAAAGGUGAUGAAGAUCCUGCAGCGUCGCAAUUAUCAGCACAAUUUUGGAUUUCUUCCCGAAAGGAGGUGAAAAACAAAAAAUUCGAGGAACUGCUGAAGCAGACGGAAAGUAUUACAACCUUUAUGAUGGGACCGAAUCGUGGAGGGAAAGGCGGUCAUGGCGACGAUGCUGUGGAUCACAGACAUCGGAUGACCGAAGAAGAAGAAGACGAAGAACUUUUGGCCGAUGUGGAGGAAGAUGAAGAAUGCGUCGCGAAAUCCUUCGUGACGGUGUUUGACGAGUCUCCGUUUUACGUCGAAGGUGGGACGAUGCGGGAUUACCAAGUUCGCGGUCUGAAUUGGAUGAUUGCAUUGCACGAAUCCGGGAUCAACGGGAUUCUUGCUGACGAAAUGGGACUAGGGAAGACGCUUCAAACGAUUUCAUUGCUGGGAUACAUGAAGCACUUCAGAACAUUUCCGGAACCCAAUGUUGUUAUUGUGCCAAAAUCGACGGUGGCAAAUUGGAUGUCGGAGUUCAAACGAUGGGUCCCUACGCUGAGAGCUGUCUGUUUACUCGGUGAUCAAGAAACAAGGAAUCGAGUUAUCAAAGAAACUCUGUCCCAUCAUGGAACUUGGGAUGUGUGCGUCACAUCAUAUGAAAUGGUGAUCCGCGAGAAGAGCGUACUCAAGAAAAUUGCGUGGAAGUACAUGGUCAUUGACGAAGCCCACAGGAUCAAAAACGAGAAGUCAAAACUUAGUGAUAUUGUUCGAGAAUUCAAUACUCAAAAUCGACUCCUUAUCACCGGGACACCGUUGCAGAACAAUUUGCACGAACUUUGGGCCUUGCUGAACUUUUUGUUACCGCAUGUUUUCAAUUCGUCAGAGGACUUCGACGAGUGGUUCAACACGGAUAGUUGUCUGGAAAACAACACUCUUGUUGAGCGUUUGCAUGCAGUUCUGAGACCAUUCGUGCUUCGUCGUUUGAAGUCGGACGUGGAAAAGAAACUACUGCCAAAGAAGGAGCUGAAAGUUUACGUGGGACUCUCCAAAAUGCAGCGAGAAUGGUACACGAAAAUCCUGUUGAAAGAUAUUGAUGUCGUGAACGGUGCCGGAAAGAUGGACAAGAUGCGACUGCAGAACAUCUUGAUGCAGCUUCGAAAAUGCUCGAAUCAUCCGAUGUUGGACAUCCUUGAAGACUAUUGUUUGUGGAAGCAGUUUCAUUACUGCCGACUGGACGGACAAACGCCUCACGAAGACAGAGAGCGACAAAUUAACGAGUUCAAUGCUGACGAUAGCACAAAAUUCCUUUUUAUGUUGUCAACCAGGGCUGGAGGACUGGGCAUCAAUCUUGCGACUGCGGAUGUCGUAAUUUUGUUUGACUCUGAUUGGAAUCCUCAAGCAGAUUUACAAGCUAUGGAUCGAGCUCACCGGAUUGGGCAAAAAAAGCAAGUACGAGUUUUCCGGUUCAUAACUGAAAACACGAUCGAGGAGCGAAUCGUGGAACGUGCUGAGAUAAAGCUGCGAUUAGAUCGCCUCGUCAUUCAGCAAGGCAGAAUCCAGUCGAACGACCAACCUAGCAACAAAAAUAUGAACACUUUGGGCAAAGAAGAAAUGCUUAGCAUGAUUCGUCACGGCGCAGAUCACAUAUUUGCGUCGAAAGACAGCGAAUUACUUACUGAUGAAGACAUUGACAAGAUCCUUGAAAGAAGCGAAACCAAAACCCAGGAAUUGGCUGAGAAAUUGGCCAAACUCCCCGAAGAGACUUUGAGAAAUCUCACGUUUGACGCCGCUGCAACCAGCGACAGUGUGUAUCAAUUUGAAGGAGAAGAUUACAGGGAAAAGCAAAAAAGCCUGAUCGGACAUUGGAUUGAGCCUCCAAAGCGUGAACGCAAGGCGAAUUAUGCUGUUGACGCCUACUUCCGAGAAGCUUUACGCGUUAAUACUGCGCCUCCGUCUGAACCAAAGCUUCCGAAAGCCCCGAGAAUGCCGAGACAUAACAACGUUCAGGACUUCCAGUUUUUCCCGGCCCGUCUGGUGGCUUUAGUUGAAAAAGAAACUUUGUACUUCCGCAAGACGCUGAAGUACAGAGUUCCAUUCAACCCGGAUCUCGGCGCAGAAGCGCACACUAUUCAAGCAGAAGAGCAAGCAAAAAUUGACACUGCUGUUCCUUUAACUGAAGAGGAAGUAUUGGAAAAAGAAGAUCUCAUGACCCUUGGGUUUUCCAACUGGUCUCGUCGAGAUUUCAUGCAGUUCGUGAAAGCGAAUGAGCGACUCGGUCGUGAUAAUCUUGAUUCCAUCUGCAAAGAAGUUGAAGGAAAAACAAAGGAAGAAGUGGAAGAAUAUUUCUACGUUUUCUGGGAUCGCAUCAAGGAAUUGCAGGACGCCGACAAAAUUCUGACGCAGAUCGAGAAAGGAGAGAACAAGUUGCAAAAGAAACAAAUGAUUCGCAAAGCUCUGGACGCCAAAGUAAAACAAUAUCGAUCGCCGUUCCAUCAAAUCAGAAUCCAGUACGGCACGAACAAAGGCAAAAAUUACACAGAGGAAGAAGACAGAUACCUUGUUUACAUGCUCCACAAACUUGGGUUUGACGCCGAUAAUAUUUAUGAGCUUUUGCGUUUAUCUAUCAGGGAUGAGCCUGCAUUCCGGUUUGACUGGUACCUAAAAUCAAGGAAUACGAAUGAAAUUCAGCGCCGUUGCAACACGCUUAUCACAUUGAUUGAGCGAGAAGCCCACGAGGAAGUGUCGAGAAGCGCGGGAGGACAGCCGGGUGGCCGUCGAGCCGCUCGUCGUAAGGCUGCAGCCAUGACCGACGAAGAGCGCGCCCGGAAACGGAAGCGUACGCAGCCUAAUCCCCAGCAACUUCUAUUGCAGCAUCUCCAUCAAAUGCAGCAGUUGCAGCAGCAAGGAGAGAAGUGAAUUUAAUUUACGUUCCAUGCAGUGGCACGUGUACAUCCGUUAAUUUAUCUUGGAAACUGUGGUUGGAAUUUUUUUUUUCGGUCUUGCAGCAUGUCCCUGCGUUUUUAUUGAUUGUCAGAAAGAAUUGUUGAUUGUGUUUAUGUAA